CGAGAUUGUUUUUGGCGGGAAAAGGUGGGAGAAACUUGAGCGCUGUAUUGAAUUCCGGUCUAACACUGCACGGAUGCUUGUGACUGAUGAAGCGCUAGUAAAAACAUUGUUGUCAAUAUUGAUCAAGCCGCGUGGAUAAAUAAAAUAGUGGAACACGGAAGGUAAAAAAAUCAAUCGCCACUGAAACUGUCUCAACCGAAUAAUGUGUGCGAAUCGAUUCCUUCUUUGCCGUUAAAUGUGUAUCCUUUGGUCCCAUAAACAAAGUUGGAACAGUGUCGAGCUUCCUUUUUUGACACGUUCGCUUAAAGAGACAGUGCAAAUACUUCGGUCUUAGGUCUUCAUAUGUUUGUCCAAACGGCAUUGAAUAUGCACAAGUACGCAUAAACCCCCAAAGUACUAACAUUUGACGAAAGAAGACACAAGGUAAAACUAAUAGUACCGUAAGGAACUUUUAAUUUGACUCAAGCCCGCCGAAUAUUAGUGGCGUGCCCGCGUUGUCACUUUAAAGGGAGGUCAUAGAAGAGGGAAGCGGAACUCAUAGUCAAUACGCUAAGCUGGUUAAGAAAAUGGUCCGGAGCAGCUUGAAUCUUCGCUUCGUUUUCCUCUUGAUAUUAGCACCGACAAUCUUCAGGACGCCAUGGAUAGACGCACAGAUAACCGAACAGAUCUUCAAUACCACGGCGAACGCUUACCUCCCACAUUCCGUAAUGAAGACGGUCCCAGCACGGAGUCCGUUGGAGUGUGUUACGCUCUGUAAAACCACCCCGGGAUGCCUUUCUUGUAAUUUCUACGCCAGCAAUACGUCAGAUAACUGCGAUCUUAAUUUCCGGUCCACGUCAAGCAGCAUCAACUUGCAUCUUCAAGUGAUGGAAAACUCCACGUUCUAUAGUUUAUAUGACCCUCGUGACUGCAAUGACAUAGAAGUCAACGGGCUGUAUACCGUGGAUAUCGCAGGAUUUGGCAAGAAAGUCGUAUACUGUGACAACGGAUGGCUCGUUGUUAUUAGGAGAUAUGACAACUCGUUUGAUUUUCACCGAAACUGGGCCUCGUACAGGGACGGCUUCGGUGACCCAAAUGACCAGUUUUGGCUGGGAAACGAUGCUCUCCACGCGUUGACCAAUCAGGGGAAUUACUCCAUGCAGUUUGACGUGAAGUCCUGUAAUGGAAACUAUUACUUCGUCAAAUGGAGAUUGUUCCGCAUUAACAACGAGGCUGCAAAUUACGCCAUUACCGACAUUAUUGUUGAUUCGUACAAUACUUCGACGAAUUACCGUUUGGGGGAAACCCUAGGAUGGAGAUUUGGAACGACUGAUAAUCCAGUAGACUCUUGUCCUCAAAAUCACGGCGGCGGGUGGUGGUUCGAGAGUUGCACCCGCUGGCACUUGACCGGAUUUUAUCCUGUGUCCUGUAGCACUGGCGCCACUGGGAUGAAGCUCGCCGCCAUAACUGGAAACAACUGCGACAACGGGUGCAUGCUUAAGGCCGGCACCAUGAAGAUCAGGCGUAACCCUUAAGUUAUUUAUACAUUAACGUAACACGCAAGGCUAAUGCCCUUCACGUAGGCUCCAUUCAGAAUAGGGGACUAACUAGUCUGAUGGUCAAAUAUGGCCGACCCACU